AUGAACACCCCCCGAUCAGUGGCUUACGGCUGGGGCGCUCUCAUCGUCGCGACAGGCAUCGGGUAUUGGUAUGCCAAGGGCGUGAAUGAGCGGCGGUGGAACGACCAACGCGCGCGCGGACUUCGUGCCAAUCCAACAGAUUGGAAGGAGAAGGUUGCUGCCGAGGAGGCCGCCGCUGCGAACCCCGACGCUCCGGCAGAGGCAGGGGAAGCGGAGAAGAAGGGGAGAGGGAGGAUCGUGUUGUAG